AGCUUACGUUUGUGUUGUUUAUUAUCUCGCGCAAUAAUUAUUUUACUUAUAAAACUACGUCUCAUCUCUAAAAUUUUAAAGCCAAUGUCAUUAAGUUUGAAAAGACGGUGUCGAAUGUUCGUUUUGUCGCGCUAAUAUAAAAGGGAAACGUUCAAGAUGCCAGUGACACUCGUGGACAGGUUGCCCUUGCCGAAUCUCAAGGUGUACACGGCGGGCAGUGUGCUGUUGUUGUCGAUCGCAGUGUACCACGCGAUCGGAGUGACUAGUGAUCCGGCGUGGCGGGUGAAUGUGACGCUGCAGCGGCAGGAGGCCAUGGCAGCUGCAGCCGCAGCCGCCACAGGGGCUGGUGGCCAGCACCAGCCGAUCAUCAUGCCCAUCGGCAGCCAUACCGCAAACACCACCAGGAACAUCACUGAGCAGUUUGUGGAUGUUCUGACCUUCAUGAUGCAGGAGCCAUUGUGUAUGUGGACCCUAAUAAACACAGCUUACUGCGCGCUGGCGAUCCUCGGGUUCGUGGUAGUGCGCACUGUAUUCGGCGCGCUGCGCGUGUCGGAGGCGCAACGCGUCAAAGACAAGUUCUGGAACUACGUAUUCUACAAGUUCAUCUUCGUGUUCGGCGUCAUCAACGUGCAGUACAUGGACGAGGUGCUUCUCUGGUGCUCUUGGUUCACCCUCGUUGGAUUCCUACAUCUAUUCGCGCAGUUGUGCAAAGAUCGUUUUGAAUAUCUGUCGUCGUCGCCGGUGUCCGCGCGGUGGGCGCACGUGCGGCUGGUGGCUCUGCUGGCGCUGGUGCUGGCGGGCGCCGGCGCGCUGCUGGCGCUCGCCUCCGCGCUCGGCCUGCCGCAGGGGAAGGACACCUUCGCCUUCAUGGCCGCCGAGUGCGUGUUAGUGCUGGUGGUGUCGCUGCACGUGGCGGCGCGGUACGCCCUGCAGCUGCAGCGCGCCGACGCCGCGAGCCCGCUCGCCUACUACACGCACCUCUUCUUCGACAGCGUGGCGCUGGUGGUGGAGACGCUGGUGGUGGGCGGGCAGGUGGUGUGGACGCGCGCGGCGGUGUCGCUGCCGGCGCUGGUGCUGCUGCUGCAGCUGCGCCACCUGCUGCACCGCCUGCACCUGCGCCUGCGAAACCACCGCCUCUACACGCAGCUCGCCAACCACAUGAGCCAGAACUACCCGAUGGCCAGCAAGGAGGAGGUGGAGAAGAACCAGGACAACUGCGCCAUCUGCUGGGAGCCCAUGAAGGAGGCGCGCAAGCUGCCGUGCUCGCAUCUGUUCCACAACCAAUUUGUCGCUUCGGAGAAGAGUAAAAGGAGUGCCGCUCCUGCCGCAGGCUCGCGCUACGUGUCGUGGCUGCCGAGCUUCAGCGUGGAGGUGACGCGCGUGCGCGCGCCGGCGCGGCCGCCGCUCGACGCCAUGGCGCGCCAGCUGCAGGCGCUGUUCCCGCAGUACCCGCUGGGCGCGCUGCUGCAGGACCUGGCCGACACGCGCUCGCCCGACCUCACGGCCGACAACAUCCUGGAGGGCCGCCUGCCGCUGCCCGCCGCGCCCCCCGCGCCCCCCGCCGCAGCAAGAGAGACGGUUGCAGAAGCGACGCCUGCGCAGCGUUCGGCGCCCGGCCCGCACGCGACCACAGACGCCCGCGGCGCGCAACAUUUUCGCCUCCACCAGGACUACCACGUUCACGACCACGCGGACGACCACGACGGCGACGACGAUCGCGACCGCGACCACGGCAACGACUCGCACGACUCCCCCUCGUUCUCCGCGGACGCGCAGCUGCGCGAGCGCGCGCUGCGCCGGCGCAAGGAGGCGCUGCUGGCGGCGGCGCGGCGCCGGUUCCUGGCGCGCGGCGCCGGCCCGCCGCCCUCGCCCUCCACCAGCCGCGCCGCGCCCAGUUGA